UUCUCAUUCGUUCCCGGACGAAAAAUCAACAUUGAUAUAUAAGACGCUAAAGUAUUGUAAAGGAAAAUUUUUUGAUGGCAGAUGCAUUUGGAUAUUUUUAUUCGCAUUUGCUUAAAGCUACUAAGUUCCCAAAUGUUGCAUUAAAACACUAGAAGAGAAGGUAUUAAUUUGCUUGUAAAUAGAAACAUGUUACAGGCGAGUUUACGUCGUCCGUUUGUAAGCGUUAGGAUACCUACGAGAAGAUCUCAAAGUAUUCAAGAAACUCAACCAUUCUUUGGAAUCAUCACCAUCUGAUAAUUUUCGUAGUCUUCCUCCAAAAAAGCUUUAUCUAAAAAGUAGUGCCCUCACGAAAACGAAACAACCUACAUACAUACCAAAACGAAAAGAUACAAGCGCGUUUUUAUAGUUAAAUGCUUGAUUCUUUUGCUCACAAGAAAUUGCCUCAUUAUCGGAUCAUUAAUUAAAUAAUUGUUUUUAUUUCAUUCCUAUUGAUUGAUAUUAUUAUAACAUCGGAAUAUUUAAAAAAGAUACAUAAAUAUAAUGUUUUCGAACGGCCUACCUUGCAAUUUGUCAUUUCCCAGUUGCCUUGGCGUACCAAAAGACAGUGGGAGCGACGAAUUACUACCAACAAACAUGAGCAAUCGUGAACCAGUUAUUUUAAAUGUCUAUGACAUGUAUUGGAUAAAUGAGUAUACCACAUCGAUAGGAUUAGGUGUUUUCCAUUCCGGCGUUGAGAUUUUCGGCACAGAAUUCGCAUACGGCGGACACCCUUUUCCAUUUACAGGUGUUUUCGAAAUAACACCACGCGAUCACGACGAAUUGGGCGAGCAGUUCCAAUUUAGACAAAGUAUACAAAUUGGCUGCACGGAUUUUACAUAUGAAGAAAUUCGACGUAUUGUUGACGAAUUGGGUAAUCAAUUCCGUGGUGACCGAUACCAUUUAAUGAACAACAACUGCAAUCAUUUUUCAAGCUCUCUAACUCAGAUUCUUUGUGGCCAAGAAAUACCCAGCUGGGUAAAUCGCCUAGCACAUUUUAGCUCCUGUGUGCCAUUUCUACAAAGAUGCUUGCCAAAAGAAUGGCUAACACCAAAUGCCUUACAACAGAGCAUAACUGCAAUUCAUGAACGUGAAGAAUCCGAUGCCAGUCCUCUUUGAGUACCACGGAUAUAGGAGAGAAUAUAGUGACAAUUUACACCUUAAAAAUUAACAAUCUAUUAUGUAAUUAACGAAAAAAACAACUUCAGAUCAGUUUGUAGGUUUAUGUAUAUUAAAUUAAAAUUUGUUCUUGUAAGAUAUUAUACAUAUAUUUAAUUUCUUACAAUUAAACAUAAACUAAUAUUAAACUAUAUUCAUAACAUUUUAAACAAAGCAAAAAUAUCAUAUACAUACAUACAUACAAUUUUUACAUUAAAUUGGACUGGCUGAGGUAGUAUUAA